AUGAAGACGUCUUAUACAGAUUUUUUGGUUGUUGACAACGAAAUUUAUUCCUCGGAUGAGGACGAACAGGAAAUUCCUUUCAGCAAGUCCUCCUAUCGAGCAUUCUCUCCACUGCUAGAUCAUUGGGAACAGCGCAUCGUGCGAUGUCUUUUCAGUGACAAUUUGGAUUGCUUCAUCAAGUCGUGUGCUGAAACCGCCAUGUUUAUUCGGAAGCAUGUCAUAGUUAAUUACAUAGAAAAUUUGCCUUUGUAUAGAGCAAUGAAGUUUCCAGAUUCCUUGAACCAAGCCAGCAUUAUUCACAUUGUUCUGCUUUUCUCUGCACAUCGAAUUCUCGAGUACCUUCUGAAUGAAUAUCCAGCAUCCAAAAUCUGGAGCACAACAGAAGAAGGAAUCAAUGCCCUCCACGUUGCAGCUGCUUUAGGUGACUAUAUGGCUCUUCGAAUGCUUCUUCAAAGGAAAGACGCUCCUAUCAGUAAAAGUGAUAAGCUGAAACGAACAGCCUUGCAUUAUGCUGCGGAAACCAACUUGGAAUCUGUUAUCACUCUCUUGUCUUUUGACAAGCAAUUACUGACAUGCAAAGACAUUAAUGAGUUAACACCUCUUCAAUUCAUUCGUAAUGAGCGUCAGCCAAAAAUGAACCAGUUUCUCAAGUUCCACACUGAACUCAUUGAGAAAAGCGAAGGGAAUGAGGAGAGUGGAGGAGCUGACAGUGGAAAGGCCAUCAACAUGCGAAAUUUGAUGGAAGCCCCAUUACUUUUCGACACCUAUGUCUGCAUUUACCAAGCCCAGAGGCAGGACAACAUUUGUGAGAAUUGUAACACCAGAAGCAAUAAUCAUGAAAUUUUCUCCGAAAAUGACGCUUUCACUCGUGUGAUAGCCAGCAGAAAGUACGGUUUCGUUCGACGUCCAACUAACACUUUUGGUCAGUUUGAGAAGACCUUCUCGCCGGUCGUUAGUCAAUAUAUUAGAUUGGCGGAGAGUACCACCGUUGAGAAGUUGGAAUUACUCUUGUUUGAUCUUUGGCAAAUGCCGAAACCAGGUUUGAUUCUCUCCUUCUACGGGACUGAUCCCGUCUCUCCAUCAUUGCAGAAACUCCUUCAAAAAAGCCUGGGUCGUAUUACUAGACAGACCAGAACAUGGAUCUUGACAGAUGGUCGAGAAAAGUGUGCUGGUGAUGUGGUUUCGAAAGUUGUGAAGGCCCACGCUGAAGCAUACGGUAUGCACCAACUGCAAGUCAUUUGUUUGGUUCCUUGGCGAAAACUCUACAACUCCCAUGUUCUUCGAUGCAGUGACUAUAUGGGAAGAGAACAAAUGGCUUUUCCAAAAAAGCCCCCAGAAAACGAUACCAGAAUCCAACUGGCAGAGAACCACACCCAUUACAUAUUCCUCGAUUCAAGAGAAAAUCUUAAAGAUCUUCCACUCUGCAGAACGCAAUUCGAAGCUUUUGUUGGUCAUCUUAGUGAUCACAUUGGUGGUGCGUCGGAGCUUAGCGGUGACAAGGAGAAUCAUCUUUUAUCUAGCCGCAAACAGCUACUCGAUCAGGGCAUGCCUAAACGCCUCAAUUCACCCUUUCGGUUACCUAAAGGCUUGACAAGUAACUUUCCUUUGUGUGUACCUCUGAUUGAUUUAGCUAACCGUGUACCGGUAUGUGGAAUUCUUAUUGAGGGAGAUCGAUCGAAUUUACUUGGAAUUUCCUAUGAGGAUUCUGUGGAAAUGGAUGCGCGGAUAUUACAGUCAUUUGUAAAGCCAGAGCUAUUUGAGGGAGUAGACGAGGAGGAGAGUUGGGAUUUCAAGAUCCGUAUCGCACUUUCCCUGAACAGAAUGGAUAUUCUUCCAGAAAAUAUGUUCUCUCGUGUUCAUUGGAAGGAUAAGAAAGGAAUGAAAGAGCUAGUCACCAAAUGUCUCAAGGAGAACAACGCGAAAUUUAUUCGCCUACUUGUAGACUCGGGCUUUCCCUUGCACGAGUAUAUCGAUGACAACUUGCUCGCAAAACUCUAUAAAGAUGAUUUUAAUAGCAAUGAUCCAAGAUUCGAAUUCUUUAGAAAAUAUGUCCUCUCCCUCACACCGAUUCCUCAAGUGUUUCGGUGGGCACAAAUAAGGAAAAUAGUCAAAAGCCUCCUGGGAUUCGAACCUGGAAUACGUUUGGCGUCACCAAAGUCGAGAGCUCGGAGAGCAGCCAGUCUUGAUGUUCUACUGACCCUGUCAGAAAACAGAUAUGAGUGUAAUGAUGGAGAAGAAAUUCUACUUCAAUUACUGAUUUGGUCAUUCCUUUGUCGUCGUUUCGAUCUCUCUCACCUCAUUUGGACCCUCAUGAAGGAUGCUAUCCCCACAGCUCUCAUGUUGGCAUGCUUAGCUAGGAAAAUGCUCCUUCAACAGCAGUCACAACGAGAAGUCACCGAAUUGGAUAAGAUGGCUGAGUAA